AUGGUAUACAGCAAAACGUACUGUCCUUACAGUAUCAAGCUGAAAAAACUUCUCAAUACUUACACAAUUAAUGAUCUGAAAGUUGUUGAGCUAGACAAGCAGAAAGAAAUGAAAGCCAUGCAGGCAGUUCUUAAACGUAUGACUGGUCGAUCAACAGUGCCACUGCUUUUCAUUGGCGGAGAGUUUAUAGGAGGGCACGAUGAAGUUCGGAAGAUCGAAGAUCGAGGAGAGCUGCGAAAAAUUCUGGAGAAAGCACAAGCGCUGAACAAUUGGAUACACAGUGAUGACAGAUACGGUAAUGAUUUGUGA